AUGGCUCCCGUGACGCAAGAGGAAGUAGACCGGCUGAUGGACGAGCUGGACGCAAAUUUAGACAACGAAGCGAAAAGAGAGGCUCUAGGUGUGAAGGCAUAUACCGAACUCUUCACCGCUUUGCCACAACACAUCGACUUGUUCAGCCGAGUUCGGGGUCUGGAUGCGGCUCAGGCGAUUCAGUCUGAGGACAUAAAAUAUUACGGACUACGAGCUUGUGAUGGCGUUUUAAAAGUUAUUCGUGCUGCCGCCGAUGACAAGAAACUCAGCGAAAUUUUGGAGCAACUUGGCAACUCACACGUUGAGUGGAAAGUGACUAGAGCAGAUUUCCUGAGCACGGCGCCAGGAUUCACAAAGUUUUUCAAAGCAAUGCCACAGAUUACGGAGAACAAGGCUACUAUGGAGAAGAUUAUGACGCACUAUAUAAAUGUUGUUGGCAACUAUUUGGAAUGA